CCAGGGUGGUUGGUGGUGAGGAUUCAGGCUCCGUCCUGACGAGGCCCGUGGCCUGAGGCUUGGGGGCCCCCAGCCCCUCCCAAUCAGCCCACCAGCGUCCCCCACCCCCAGCCCCCGAGCUGGACCGCACACCUUGGGACACGGUUUUCCACUUCCUCAGGACAAGCCCUAGACUGGAGGAGAGGUCCGAGGAGGUGAGCGUUGGACUCUUCGCCAGGACCCCGGCGGCGGGCCCCGGGGAGGCGGCCGAGGCGGCGGCGGCGGCGGCCGGGGGCGACAUGGCAGAGGAGCAGGACCUGUCCGAGGUGGAGCUGAGCCCCGUGGGCUCCGAGGAGCCGCGCUGCCUGUCCCCGGGGAGCGCGCCCUCGCUGGGGCCCGACGGCGGCGGCGGCGGCGGCGGCGGCUCGGGCCUGCGAGCUAGCCCGGGGCCCGGUGAGCUGGGCAAGGUCAAGAAGGAACAGCAGGACGGCGAGGCGGACGAUGACAAGUUCCCCGUGUGCAUCCGCGAGGCCGUCAGCCAGGUGCUCAGCGGCUACGACUGGACUCUGGUGCCCAUGCCGGUGCGCGUCAACGGCGCCAGCAAGAGCAAGCCGCACGUCAAGCGGCCCAUGAACGCCUUCAUGGUGUGGGCUCAGGCGGCGCGCAGGAAGCUGGCCGACCAGUACCCGCACCUGCACAACGCCGAGCUCAGCAAGACGCUGGGCAAGCUCUGGAGGCUGCUGAAUGAGAGCGACAAGCGCCCCUUCAUUGAGGAGGCCGAGCGGCUGCGGAUGCAGCACAAGAAGGACCACCCAGACUACAAGUACCAGCCGCGGAGACGGAAGAACGGGAAGGCGGCCCAGGGAGAGUCGGAGUGCCCAGGCGGGGAGGCUGAGCAGGGCGGGGCGGCCGCCAUUCAGGCCCACUACAAGAGCGCCCACCUGGACCACCGGCACCCGGGCGAGGGCUCCCCGAUGUCAGACGGAAACCCCGAGCACUCCUCAGGCCAGAGCCAUGGCCCGCCCACCCCUCCGACCACCCCAAAGACAGAGCUGCAGUCAGGCAAGGCAGACCCCAAGCGGGAUGGGCGCUCCCUGGGGGAGGGCGGGAAGCCUCACAUCGACUUCGGCAACGUGGACAUCGGUGAGAUCAGCCAUGAGGUAAUGUCCAACAUGGAGACCUUCGACGUGGCCGAGUUGGACCAGUACCUGCCGCCCAACGGGCACCCGGGCCACGUGGGCAGCUACUCGGCAGCUGGCUACGGGCUGGGCAGCGCCCUGGCUGUGGCCAGUGGACACUCUGCCUGGAUCUCCAAGCCUCCAGGCGUGGCUCUGCCCACAGUCUCGCCGCCUGGCGUGGACGCCAAAGCUCAGGUGAAGACGGAGACCGCAGGGCCCCAGGGGCCCCCGCACUACACCGACCAGCCGUCCACCUCGCAGAUCGCCUACACCUCCCUCAGUCUGCCCCACUACGGCUCCGCCUUCCCCUCCAUCUCCCGCCCCCAGUUUGACUACUCUGACCAUCAGCCCUCAGGACCCUAUUAUGGCCACUCGGGCCAGACCUCUGGCCUCUACUCGGCCUUCUCCUACAUGGGGCCCUCGCAGCGGCCCCUCUACACGGCCAUCUCUGACCCCAGCCCCUCGGGGCCCCAGUCCCACAGCCCCACACACUGGGAGCAGCCGGUAUAUACGACGCUGUCCCGGCCAUAGAAGGGGACCCCACACCCCUGUCACCACCCGUCUCGCCCUGCCCUUUCCCCCAGCCCUCGCGCCCUCUUCCUCGCCCAUCUCAGGCCCGGUGGCGGCAGAGGAGGAGGCUGCAGAGGCUGACAGCUGAGGGGAAGGCCUUCUGUCUGGCUCACUGCCUUUGAUGACCCCACCCCAUCCUACCCAAGCUCUGGCCCAGGCACAGCCCUGGGCUACUCGGCUGGGCAGAGGAGAAGGAGGUAGCUUGUUGCCCCUAAACCGAAAAAGGAGGGGCUGUACCUUCCCCCCCAGGAAUGACCCUCAAUCCCAGGAUCUGAGCAGGCCCCGCCUACCCUCCUCUGGGAGGGUGAAGCACCCAGGGUCGGUCGGAUGGGAAUCGGAGGCCUGGCCACCCCUGUCCUGUGUUUCCUCUUCUGCGAGGAAUAGGGGGUCUGACCUAACCCGUGAAGCCAGGCCACGUGUCUGAAGAGCAGGGCCAACCAGAAACCUGCGUCAGGGACUGGGACAGGCUCCGUCUGCCCCUCAGGGGGCUGAGGACAGCUUUGAACCGCCUCGAGGGAGUGGGGGUGGGAUGGGGGCUCAGAGGGAGGUCUCCUCAACCCUUCAGUGCCCCCCUCCCCUCCUGAACACAGGAAGGAAUUGGCACAGGGGCCCUCAGAUCCAUUUCGGUGCCAAUAACCUCGUUCUUUGUCUGAUGGAGCAAAGGGCCAGGUCCCACUCCAGGACAACCUCCCGACUUUGAGGCACACCCAGGACGUGAGCAGGCCGGGACCCCAGGAAAGGAUUCGGAGACAAUUCACAGAGCCUUCCUCCUGGCUCCCACCAGCCCCCCGCCCCCCAACCUCACCAGGCUCUGUGGUCCUUGCGCUCUCAGCCCCAACUCCUUGGGCUUCCCAGAGAGUUAGAGCUGCUCAGGCCCAAACCCUCAGCUCCAAGGGGAGACCCAGGGCCCAGCACCCUGGUUGCUGGCAGCAGGCUGAAGACACUAAACUCCUGACAUGUACAUGCUGCCCUGGCCUUUUCCCCUUUGCCUCCCAGUGGUAUUUGAAUAAAGUAUGUAGCUCUC